AUGAUGAUUUUAUAUAUAUUAAGCUUACUGAUAUUUUAAAUAUUACUGUGGGACUCAAUAGAUAAUAGAAGGAUCUUAGUAAACAUCUAAAAUUUGAAUACUUAAAUGCUUUUUAAAUGUGUUUUUUUGGUUGUGGGGCAGCAGUUUGCACCAAUUCUGUAGAAUAUGUUGUGUUUAUAUGUGAAUGAAAGCCUAAAUUCAAUCUGUUCAUCAUAUAAAGUGAUCAUAUCUCUUGACAAGAUUCAUAUGGAUUCAUUUUAUGAUGCCUUUUAUGACAUUUUGGGAUUUCCUAAGUUUUGGAUACCUGGGCUUUCAGUGGAAAGUAAGAUAUUAAAAAUAUCUUAAUUUGUUUUUCGAAGGUUAACAAAAGUCUUAUGGGUUUGGAACAACAUGAUUUUCAUUUUUGGGUGAACUAUCCCUUUAAGCAAGGUUGUUGAAAGGCCCAUAAAUAUAAAUGAUGUCUGUUUGUUCUAUUAUGAGAAUCUUUUGUAUAUGUAUCUUUUGUAGAUUUCAGUUUCAGCGUUCUGUUGACGAAGGAUUCUCUUGCGUAAAAGUGACAUAAUAUUGUAAUAUUUAUUUAUACACAUAUACACACACACACAAAUUUGUAAAAUACUUCUUAUGGACCAAAAUUAUAAGGACUAUAAUUAUAAUUAUGUUUCAGAAUAGCAGAACCUUUUUGGCUGUUUAUAAUAAGACCGUGUGAAGGAGGUUGCAUGACACAUACUCGUUAUAAGUGGUAGUUGAGCUCGGAAGAAGGAUCCAUUUCAUUCACAGGGGUGUUCACGCGCACAGCGCGUCUCAGAGCAGCACUCUGCGCCAUGACCGAGCGGGAUAUCACCGCUUUCACACUGCUACCGACGACCACCGUCCAGAAAGAUCCAAAACACAAUUCCCUGCAAAAACUCUACUGCAGGAAUGGAGGAUACCAUCUCCGGAUCCAACCCAACGGGACUGUGGACGCGAGUCGACAAGAUAACGACGUUUACACUCUUUUGAAGGUAAAAGCUGUGAAAGCAGGAUUGGUGGCCAUCAGGGGUCAUGAGACUGGACUAUACCUGGCAAUGGAUAAAUGUGGAAAACUUUAUGGCACUGCCAUGCUGAACGACGAGUGUUACUUCAUUGAGAAGAUAGAGGAGAACCACUACAACACAUACCGUUCACAGAGGUAUCAGGAGAAUGGAGACUGGUACGUGGGGAUCAAAAAGAACGGAUGGACAAAAAACGGCUCCAAAACGCACAAGGGCCAAAAUGCAAUCUACUUCCUGCCAAUUCCAGUGGAUGGCAGCAUGCAGUAACGUUUUGGCUUGUCGAGGCCCUCAAAACAACCCGAGCACUAUAAGAAUUAUAAAUUAAGGCAAUAGCCAUUAUAUCUUUAUAAUAUAUCUCUAUAUAUAAAAAUAAAAGUCAUAUUUAUUUUUUAUAUUUAUUUUAUAUUCUUUUGUCUGUACAGGUGAAUGUAAAGAACUUUUUUAAAAUAUUAUUAUUGUAUUGUUUUCAACCAAUACAAGUAUUUUGAUACCAUUGGAGCCUUUGAUAUAGAAAUAUUUUAAGGAAUAUAAUGUCUGAUCCUUUCCUAUGUAAAUAUACUGUAGGCUGCUGUAUAUUUAGGCUGUACAAAAGGAUUGAAAUAUAUCUAAAAUGACGUCACUGUGAAAAGUACUUUCAAUAAUGCAACAAUAAAUCAUUUUAACCAUUUAACAUCAAAUAAAAGGCAAUAAAACUCAUAUUGUUGUUAAAACA